CCGCUCUCACUCCGCAAACCCGCGACCAAAGAACACAUUUUCAGAUUCUCCUUCUUAGCAAAAAGGAAAACUAUCCACUUCUUUCUAACAAUCUAUUCCCCUCUGUUUGAGCGCCAAUGGCUUCCAAUCCUCCUCAAGAGUGCUGCGGGCGGGGUUUCAAGCACGAAGGCAACCCCGCGGGAGAGAUCAAAGAGAUCAACGGCACCCGAACCUACUUCUCCUAUCCCGCAGGGAACCAGAAUCCCGACCAUGCCAUCCUCUACCUCUCCGAUAUCAUGGGCAUCUACUCCAACAGCCAGCUCCUGGCCGACUCCCUCGCCUCGCAGGGCUAUCUGGUCAUGAUGCCCGAUUUCUUCCGCGCGGAGCCAUGGACGCUUAAUAGCGACAUGUCAAAGGUCAUGGGGUGGGUACGUAACUUCCAGCCGAAGGACAUCGAUCCCAUCGUCGAAGCGGCCGUCAAAUACCUGCGCGAAGAGAAGGGGUACAAGAAGAUUGCGGCUGUUGGAUACUGCUUUGGUGCAAAGUAUGUCUGCCGCUUCAUGAAGCAAGGCAAAAUCGACGUUGGCUUUGUCGCGCAUCCUUCUUUUGUCACUGAUGAGGAGCUCGCUGGGAUAACGGGUCCCCUAUCCAUCGCUGCAGCAGAAACUGAUCGCGUCUUCUCCACUGAGCUCCGGCACAAAUCCGAGGAGAUCCUUAAGAAGACCGGUCUUCCUUACCAGAUCAACCUAUUCAGCGGGGUCGAGCACGGAUUUGCUGCGCGCGCGGACCUGAGCCAGAGGCAGGCCGUGUUUGCGCGGGACCAGGCAUUCAACCAGGCUGUGACUUGGUUCAAGUGGCAUCUGUGAAUGCUAUUCUUACAAAUCUGUCUGUCUGCUUGCUCCUGGGGAUUAGCAUCUAGGUUGAAUGUAGUACGGGGUGUAUGAUGCAUGUGAUAUAUGUCAUAGCGUUCCCAGUAUGGGCUCCUUUUACAAGAAAAGCCAAUGCGUCUGGGGCCAUUAGCCAAACGAGCUCUCUACAAGUUUC